AUGAAAACGAACAUUUUCACUGUGUUGUACCCCGAUCCCGAGGUAGUGAAGUUCUGUGAAUCGAUGGUUGAUCAGGUCGGCGUUAUGGAUUUUUAAUCAGCUAGAAUAAUCAAGAUACAAAUCACCAAUGAGAAAUUAUACACAGGUUCCAUAAACUACUGGUGGUACAAGAAAGAAAACUACGAAGAUGGCAGAAGGAAAAUUGCAAACUCCAGCGACUAUCACCUCAGUACAAACAAAGAGUACCCCUCCAUCUAAAUCAUGGCGCCAUUACUUGCCUGUCGUUAUUCUAUUUGUCAGCAUUUUCUCAUUUAUUUUGUCUUACACUACCGCAGGUCUCUACGUGCCACUUUAUAUCUCGAGAAAACUAUUUCCAACAAGAACAAUGCCCGUCUCAACAGGAUCUAUUUGCAUAGUCAACGAAACAAAAGUAUCUCCAGAAAGUGAAAUUAUUCAAGAAGAGGCCGCUACGUUUAGUAUUUAUACCACUCUAGCUUCAGGAAUUCCUGCCGUAGUCUCCACGUUGUUUCUUGGGGCUUUUAGUGACCAAUUUGGACGAACAUUUCUAUUCCUGGCACCAAUGGUUGGUCAAUUGAUUAGCAAAACGAUAUUGCUCUUUUGCAUUUAUUACGAUCUCGACAUCAAUUACAUUUUAAUCGGCAGUUUCGUCGAAGGCUUCUUGGGGGGCUACUUGGCGAUUUUGAUGGCGUCAUUUGCAUACAUUGCUGAUAUCACUGAAAACAAUAAACAACGAUCAGCAGCCAUUGCCUUUCUGGAGAUGGCUAUUGGUGUAGGUGUUGUAUUAGGGAGAUUUAGCACUGGAUAUAUCAUCAAGGCUACGAACUAUGUCUGGCCACAGAUGAUUGCAGUGUGUGGGCUUACAUUGAUAAUAUUUAUCAUCAUUUUUGUCUUACCGGAAACGAGAACACUGAAUAACGACAAGAUGAUUACUAGGGGAUCUUGUACAUACUACUUAAGAUCUAUGGUCUCCUUUUACAUCUCAGAAAGUAACAAAGGAGUACGAUGGAAAUACAACGUUUGUAUUCUCAUUUUCUUUGCGACUGGUAUAACUGUAGUUGGAAAAUCCUCAGUAGAUUUACUGUACCUAAUAAGUCAACCGUUUUGUUGGGAUUCCGUAAAAGUUGGAUUGUAUGGUGCAGUAGUUGGACUAUUCCAGAAUGUGAUCUGUAUGGGAAUGGUAAAAGUCUUUCAUCUUUGUUUGAGCGAUGAGUGGGUGGCCAUCCUUGGAUCUGUCUCGGGAAUAAGUGCUUUUGUGAUUAUAUCUCUAGCUGCUACAGAUGUAACGUUAUAUGUAGCUGCAGUCGUUGGAGGUGGUUCCGUUUUAACUUUACCAAUGAUUCGGGGUAUCAUGUCAAGAAUGACGACACCAGACAAACAAGGAGCUCUUUUUGGUGGAAUUGCAGCGGUUGAGACAGCCUGUAGUAUCGUGGGAUCUGCGAUUUUCAACUCCACUUACUCCAACACUGUCUCAUUCUUCAAAGGAACGGUGUAUCUUGUGAUGGCAGGCAUUAUUUGUAUUGCAUUAAUACUAUUAAUAGUUUUUAGCAUUUGCUCACGACAAACACCAACAUAUGAAACAAUCAUCGAAGAAGCACCUAAUCAUUAAACACCAACAUACGAAGCAAUCAACGAGGAAGCAGCUAAUCAUCAAAAAGGACAAUAAUUUGCUAUACAAUUUUCAAAACACACCAGACUGACCCGAGUCAAUUUAUCAUGCAUUAUCUCCAAGUGUAAUGUUCCCUAGAAACAUAAAUACCUGCUUGGCAAAUGAUGCCUUAAUAAUUCGUUUAUGUGAUUUUUAUGGGGGCGAAAACUUAGCAUCUCAUGUCGGAUUUAUCUCCCUUCUGUUGUCAUAAAAAUGUCCUUGGGCCAGUCCACGAUUUCCAUUUCACCACGUUUCCACAUAUUUUGAUUGCAUUUCGUCUUCAAUCACAAGUACCAUUAGACACAUGUAUCCCGGGUGUCAGUGUAGACAGACUUUAAAAAUCAUAUAAAAACCUCUUCUAACUUAACUUGGUCAAUCCCGCAUCCAUCUUCUAAGAUGUCUCUCCAUGGGAGGAUGGGGAACAUGAAAAGUUAAGUUUUCUUGAAUGUUUAGAAUACACAAACAAACGCUGAACAAUAUAUCAUUAUUGGAAACACCGCAUCUUUAAUUUACAGCAACCUUCUUUAAUCGUUGAAGGUAGCUUACCGGUUAGGGCGCUCACUUCACAACAUGGAGGGCCUGAAUUCGAUUCUCUAUCCCGUCGCCGAGUCUGACGUAAGAUGUUUAACCUUUUUAGGAUGUCUAUCUCUCAGUGGAAAUCUAAAAAUUGGGGCGUAAAACAACACCCACUCCCCAAUAAAAACAUCUCCAAAUUAAAUAUCAGCGUUACAGUCACAGUGCUUCUUCCUUUAAAAAAGUUGGGUCAAAUGUCUAUGCCGUAUAGAGUGGUCAUUGUCAUAAAAUUCCAACAAUAAGACCCUCUUUUCUUUAUUAUCGACCACUAAAGCAAGUCAAAACUUUCUUUUUCUCCAAAACGAUGUCUUCCCAUUAUCACAGAAACGAAGCUGAAAGAAUUCUUCAUAUCUGUUUCUACAUUUCUCCGCUGUGAAGCUUUAAUACAUCUGUUCCGAAUUAAAUAGCCCUCUAGUCUAACCAUUCAUUUAACAGUCUUCUAUCUAUAUUCAAAAAAUCGCCAUUAACAUCUGCUUCAUCUUUAGAAACAGAGGUUUCCUGUUAUGGUAGCUGUUGGUUCACUGCUCCGUACUCCCCUCCCCCUGUGAAUAAUUUAGCAGCACUACCAUCAUAAUUAUGUCCCCUUCAAAACGAGGGGCAUAUUGCUUUGCACAUGUCGGUCGGUGGGUAGACCACAUGUCCGCUCAAUAUUUUGAGAACCAUUCACUUCCUCGUAAUGAUAUUUCAUAUGUGGGUUGGUUACGAGUAGAAGAGGACCCCUAUUGAUUUUCAGAUCAAAGGUCAAUCUAUUCUGGACAUAGAAAGAUGCUGACCGCUCAAUAUCUUGGGGACCCUUUCCUUGCCAGAUAUUAAACUGGUAGAAUGAUACAUUGUGAGGAGUAGAUUACCCCUAUGUAUUUUGAGAUCACAUGAUCAAAGGUCAAAUUGAACAUAGGAAUAUACUGACCGCUCAAUGUUUAGAGACCCUUCGCUUGACAGACAUAAAACUUGGUACACUGGUACAUCGUCAGGAGAAAAUGAUCCCUAUUAAUUUUGAGGUCACAUGGCCAAAGGUCAAACGGGUCAAAUGCUGUCUGACGUGUUUCAUACCGAUUGUUAAGCCUUUCUUGACACACUGAUUUGACUGCGGAUAACUCCGUUUACCUGAUCAGGAUAUGGGGCUCACGGCGGGUGUGACCGGUCAACAGGGGAUGCUUACUCCUCCUAGGCACCUGAUCCCACCGCUGGUGUGUCCAGGGGUCCGUGUUUGCCCAACUAUCUAUUUUGUAUUGCUUGUAGGAGUUAUGAGAUUGAUCACUGUUCGUUAUCUUCACCUUGCAUUGAUAACCCUUUGCUCUACAGACAUAGAGGCCACAUGGUCCACGGUCAAACUGAACAUAGGAAUAUAAUGUUCAUUCAAUAUCUUGAGAACCCCGAGCUUCACAAACAUCAAACUUAGUACAUUGGUACAUCAUAAGGGGUAGAUGACCCUUAUUAAAUUUGAGUUCAUAUGGUUAAAGGGUUAAACUUGGCAUAGUAAUAUAUUAUCUCCUAUAUUUUAAGAAUCAUUUGCUUGAAAGACACCAAACUUGGUACACUGGUACAACAUAAGGAGUAAAUGACCCUUAUUGAUCUUUAGGUCACAUGGUCAAUCCACUAUGGACAUACAAAGAUAUUGUCUGCUCAAUAUCUUGAAUUGGUAUGGCACUACUAUGUAAAACUUAUACGGUACCAAUUUCUACUAUCAAUUAAAUGAUGCAUGUGUAUAACCCUUUUCAAUCUUGCACCGGGGGUGGGGGGGUAUAUGUUUUACAAACAUUUCUUUUUCAUUUUUUAAAUCGCCAACUUUGCCUUAAAUCCGAAUUCCCUUCACUUUUCUUGUAUGAACAUGUACAUAUAAUGUAGAUUCAAUUAAUGUAUUCGCUUCCUAAAUCAAAUUGAGAGUUGUUUGGUGAAAGAUACAGAGUUAUUUCAUAAAGACAAAAUAUAUUUUCAAUGCAUUUUGUUUUUGUUUGGAAAUAACUCUUUGAAGCUGUACAUUUUGUUUGGGGAGUCAAGCUGUUGUUUAGAAAGGUUGUCGUCUGUUCAAAGUUUCAAACAAUCAAAAGCCAAAUUACCUAGACGUUGAAUGUUUAAUUGAUUAUAUUUACCAAGAGCUAAAACUGAAAAUUAUAAAUGUUCACACAGCUACUCUUCUGCAUUCCUUUGGAACAAACUCUCUCAGAAUGUCCGAAACUCUGGUUCGGUUGGCAUUUUUAAAGCUGUGUAUCUGAUGGAAUAUUUAAUAGAAGUAGCAAUUAAACAUCGUGCUUUCCUCUUUUUGUUCAAGUGUGCCAAAUGAUGUAGUUGUGAUAUGAUACUGUGUAUGUGGCUUAUGCUAUUUUUUCUUCUUUCCUUUUAUGUCAUGUAUUCAUAUUUAAAUACUAAUUUUAUUACUAAUUAGGAGUGUCUUAUGCUAUGCUUUUUUCCUUUCCCUUUAUAUCGUAUUCAUAUUAAGAUACUAUAUUUUGAUGUCAAUUUUAUGUUUGUGUAUAUGUUUUAAUACAGGACCACAAUGGAAACUACAUGUAGCUAUGUGUUAAUUUGUGUUAUCCUGGGUAAAUAAUAUUAUUAUGUGUAUUAUUGAUAUAAUCACCAGAAGGGGGAUAUAUAUACUGCAUUGUAAUAAUGAAAAGUGAAGAUAAGGAACAGGGAUUAAUCUCAUAACUCCUAUAAGCAAUACAAAAUAGAGAGUUGGGCAAACACGAACCUCUGGAUAUACCAGAGGUGGGAUCAGGUGCCCAGGAGGGGGAGGUUGCUGCAUCCCCUGUCGAUCGGUCACACCCGCCGUGAGCCCUAUAUCUUGAUCAGGUAAACGCAUUAAAAUAUUUCAUUUCGAUAAAGUAUAGUCUACUUUUAUUGACAUAUGUAUAUUCAAAGAAAAAUCAAACUUUAAUUCACAAAAUAAUUUUAUUGAAUAUUUUUUUAAUGUUCAUGUAAACGCAUGCUCCCUACAUGUGCUUUAAAGAGACUGAAGUGCUUUUUAAAAUACGUAUUAAUAAACAAUAAAGAUCAUUGAUACUGACAAUUUUGAACAAUUUGACUGCAUCAAUUUGCUCUCAAUUGCGCUUUGAAGAUUGAGUAAUUCUAAAUUAUUAUUUUAACAUAAACCCUUCCAUGUUCCUAUUGACCAAUGUAUUUAAACACACGUGACGUGUUCAGCAAAAAAUAGCACUUACUUUUAAAGCAGUGUCUUCGCUAGUCACAGUGGCAGAUUUUGAGGGGCAAGGGUUCCCCUCCCUUUUUUUUUCGCCACAAAUUGUGAGCUUUAUGACGGUGGGGCCAGUUUUAUUUGCCACCCCAAAUGGCUGGUACUUUGGCUGAAAUUUGACUUUCACAUGCCCCCUUUGGAAAUCCUGGAUCCGCCACCGAGUCCUGUGUGAGCCAGUGAGAACCCCUUAUGUUGAAAGGACCUGUGUUCAAACCGUUUGUAUAAUAUGUACUUAUAAAAUAAAAUAUUUUCAAAUCAAA